AUGUUCUCUGAGAUGGCAUCAGGAGACAGCCUCUCAGAGCUCUGGGAGACAGCGUGCAACAACUAUGCCCAAGAAACAGGCACCCCGCUAACGUCGCCCGACUUCCCCAAAGUCAGCACACCGUCCGACCUCUCCAGCCAUCUCGAUUCAGAGAAGGAGCAUUUCGCGGACUUCCGAAUGAAGAAACGUCCCCUUUUCCACGCCAUGCAAACUAUUCUCACCCCGUUUGAGAAUUUCGGCGAUAUCAUCUCCGGCGCGGUUUCGAUCGCAUUUCCACCUGCGUCGACUAUCAUGGGGGCAAUGCUCCUUCUCAUCCGCUCUGCACGUCGGGUCAGCGAUGCCUUUGAUAGCGUCAAUGCCCUGUUUGAAAAGUUAGGGUAUUUCGCGCAGCGUUUAGAUUCAUACCGAGGUGUCCCGCUGAGUGAGGGGAUGAAAAACAUCAUUGUGAAAGUCUUCGUGACAUUCUUGAAUGCUUGCGGGGUAUCACAGAGCCUGCUGAGUCGGGGCGCAUUCAGGGCGCGAUUCUCGAAAUGGGCAAGGAAUGUGCUUGUUGAGGACACUUCAAUCCAGGGACUCCUGGCUGAACUAGAGGCGUUGACAGGACUGGAACAUAAGAUGGUUUCUGCACACAACUUGACUCUUACAAGCCAGGCUUUGAAGAACACAGCAAUCUUGCUUGAGAAAAGUGAGCUGGAGAACGAUAAGGAGAGAAUAAGCGCCUUGAAGGCGCUGUUGGGGCCUAUCUCUGCUUCGGGGCAAGUAUAUUCGGCUAUCAGUGAGAGUCGAAUUCCAGGCUCUGGAAAGUGGGUUGAAGAGAUGAUCAGCGAAUGGUGGGAUGGCGGCGAGCCUUUGCUUUGGAUCCAUGGCGGUCCUGGCGUUGGAAAAUCUUACUUGGCGUCAAAGAUCAUCGGUGAUCUUGCGAUCAAAAGCGACGCCGUUGUUGCAUCUUUCUUCUUCAAGAACAAUGAUGUAGAUCUGCGGUCUUUCAACAAAGCUUUACGAACUCUGGCGUGGCAGAUCGUCGUGCUGCAGCCAAGUUUCGCGGUCUAUGCCGAGGACUUUUGCUUGAAGGGAGAUCCAGACAAUACGUACGUUGUCUGGAACAAGCUCUUCCUGGACUAUUUCGAGAAAUCAGAUGACACCGUUUGUUUGAUCAUCGAUGGCAUUGAUGAGGCUGAUUCAGACGAGCAAGAGAUCUUCUUCAGUCUGCUUGAAAGAACAUUCUCGGAGGAGAUGGACAGAAAGCCACCACUACGAGUCGUCCUUCUGGGCCGGGAUUCUGUACGCAGCAUCAUUGAAGAACACUCAUUGGGAUGGAUCCAUGACAUUGAAAUUACCCACAGCGAGAACAAAGAUGAUCUGCAUGGAUUCGUGUCUCAGAGGCUCCAAAAGUCCAAGCUGUUUCGCAAUGCUUCAGACUUCCAAGACGAAGUCAUCCAAGAUAUAUGCGCACAGGCAGAAGGUCUUUGGGAAUGGGCCAAUCUUGUUAUCAAGAACGUCAUGCGCUGCAGAACGAAGGAGCAGAUUCGCAAAGUCGUCAAGACCAUGCCGAAGGGCAUCAGUGCGAUGCUGCACGAGGAGCUGCAGCGGCUUGGAAAAGAGUUAUCAGCGUCCGAUAUGAUGUCUGAUGACGAAGGAUCCCAGAUUCAACAGCUCAAUAUCCUUCUUUCCUCCGUCACACUAGCGCAGAGACCUUUGACAGUGGAGCAACUGGAUCUCGUUCUGGAGAUCGUCCUCGGAGAAGAAGUCCUGAAUCUGGAAGAUGACCUGCUAAAGGUAUACUCGUCGCUAGUUUCGCUGCGGGUGCCAGAAAAUGACUAUAAUGAAUAUGACGAUUCUACCGUUGUGACACUUCGGCACAGUUCCUUCUAUGAAUUCUUCGAAUCGCCAUCUAUAGACGCUGGGUCCAUUCAUAUCAACCGUGACCAGGGCGGGGCGAACUUCUUGUACGCGAUAAUUUACGCGCUAACGAAUGUCGAGACACCUAAAUCCUAUAGAUGGUUGGUUCACCUCAGAAGAUACGCAAAGAAGUACCUCUCUUUGCAUCUAGAAUCAGUGGAUCCCGAGAACGUUACGUCGAGUCGGCGAGAUGACAUCUCUUCUCUCCUCACGGAGCUCUUGACCAACGAAUUGUGGCUGAGGUUCUGGUUAAUUGAUCCGAUCUACGAACAGUCUUUCUCAAGAUACACUUUCCACUCGUCUUCAAGGAUCUCAGAGCUGGGGCGAUAUUGGUGGGGCUGUAAUGAUCGGGAUACUGCAAAUGAGGCGGCGGAGAUGGUCUUCAAGUGGCUUACCCCUGCUCAGCAGAGAACUUUUGAAGAAUUGGCAGGCGAUGAUGCAUGUCCGUUUGCAGUUCUCUUUUCGUCUCUGGUUCGAUUGUGUUCACGUCUUUGGCUUUCCCCUGAAGACAUCAACGAUGAUGGACUGCCAGCGGCACUACCCACCCUACUGUGGUCGUACGCUGAAAUAACAGCCACGCCUUCGAGUUCCGACGGAACAUCGAAAAAGCUAAAGGACAUUUCAAUUGGUCUACGGUCUGCAGAAAUUUUACAGACCGCGGAGUCGCAAUGUCUCCAAAAGACAGCGAUGUGGUACGCUCGUGUCGCACAGUCAAUGCUCCAGCAUGGAAAUUCCCAAGAUGCCCUUGUUCACUUUCACAUUGCUCUAGAUGAGCACGACAAAGCGCCUUCCUUGAGCGAGCAAUCCAUUUCUGUCAUUCACAAGGACAUGGCGCGCGCAUAUAGCGAGGUUGGAAAGUACAAAGAGGCAUUAGAGCAUUCUGAUCUCGUACUAUCGCCGGACAACAAUCCCGAGGAUCCUGGAUAUGACUUUCAAAGGUAUCUAGGAAGCCUGCUUGACGAGGCGAACAUGCUAUACCGUGUCAAAUCGACCGAGAAGGCUAUCUCGACUGCGCUUCAUGCCUGGGAACAGUUUGUUACGCUUACUGAGACACACGCAUUCGGGGAUCUUUGGCUCUCGUUUUUCGUUGUUUUCUCGGAACUACGUCAGCCUCAGCGCUUCCGAUCUGUGUUAGACUUGGCCUUUGACCGGUCCGAGAAAAUCCUCAAUCCGAUUAUCGAUGAGAUUGAAGGGGAUACUUUUACAAUCUUCCUUAUUGAUGCCUUCGCCUCUCGCUUUGGGAUCAUGCACAGCGUUCUUCACUAUGCUCUCACCCCGGAAGACACGGCACUUCUCGAUCUCAUCGCCUCGAUCCCAGGAGUACUGAAAGGCGCAACUCCCGAAUGGCUUAAUCCGAUCGUGUUGAAAUUCUGGAUUGCGUCAGUACUGUUUGACAAAGAUCGGCCCCGUGAGGCCAUUCAAAUUUGGAAUGAGAUUGCUCUUGUCCCGGGAGAAUCCGGGCACUCGUGGAUUCAACCUUUCCAAACGCGGGCAAUGAGUCGAUUGGCGACUGCGUGUCUCUAUUGGCCCCAGAUCCCUUUCUAUGGAAAUAAUCCUCCUGCAUUUGUCGAGGAUGAUAUCAACGAGGUCUCUUUGAUCGUCUCGAGCUGGCUGCUUGAUAACGGUGACAUGGUCCAUGCCCGACAACUUCUCAGUGAGGUUGUGAGAAGAUGUAUUGCUUUGUUAUCAGACGAUACACCCGCAAACGACAUCGAUGCCUUUGCCAUACUCUUCAAGGUGUUUCUCAUGAUCGAGGACAGUGAUGACGACCUCCGCGCUGCUUUAUACCUGAUCAAGGCCUGGGGCAAAGAAUCGGAUGACCCAGCACUAGGAGACGAUGUGGUGGGAGUCGUUCAAACUGAUGUGUCCAGUGUGUUGGAGAAAGUCCGUAUUGUGGAUGAUAAGGCCCAGAUGCAGGAUGAGGAUCCAGAGGAUGACUGGGCAGCUCCAUACGAUGACUGGUUCACAACCGACCCUAGUACUCAUUGCUCCACCUGCAAGGACGUAAUCAGAUCGCUCAACAGGUGGCACUUCUGCCGUUCCUGUCCCUUGACCGUGCUGUGUCACCGCUGUUACCGCGAGCUCCAGUCCAAGUCGGAUCCUACGCAAGAUCAUCCUCGUGGCUUCGUGGGCAAGUGCAGUCCUCAGCACAAAUUCUUCUAUAGCGGUGAAGCCCUUGGACAAACUGGAUACGUGCCGAAAGGUAUGGUGCCCUUGGUUGGCACUGAUGGUAAGCGGCAGGUGGUCUGGAUUGAUGAGUGGAAAGAAAAACUUGCGGAGAAGUGGGUAGGCGCUGGCACAGAACAGUUGAAUCUCGACGAUGGUGGCUUGUCGGCCGGGUGUAUGCAGGUAUUGCCCGAAGCGCAGAGAGAUCGGUGGGGGAAGUUCUUCAAAGUAUAG